AUGAAUGACACUGACUUCAAGGAAUCAGAAACCACGGGAGUUGCUAGCGUUACGGAUAGUGAUGUAUACUCUGACUCAUGUUCGAACCCUUUUGCGGAUCCAUACGUUGCUGAACAUUACCGGAAAGUUUAUGAAGAUUCGAAGUAUGAAUGCCGUGAAGCUUUUGAGCCUGAUUUAAAGUGGUCUAAAGAGGAGGAGAAGAAGUUGGUUCGGAAGCUGGACUGGAGGGUGGCACUGACAGCAUGUGUUUUAUUCGGAGGGCUUCAAAUUGACCGAGGAAAUCUAAGCCAAGCCGUAGCGGACAACAUGCUGGAAGACCUGGGCAUGGACACUAAUAAAUACAACCUUGGUAAUCAGCUUUUCUAUAUUUUCUUUCUUCUUGCAGAGAUCCCAUCGCAACUGAUUUCAAAGAAGUUGGGACCAGAUAUUUUCAUCCCCAUCCAAAUGGUUUCAUGGAGUGUUGUUGCGAUGGCGCAGUGUGCCAUCCGCAACGAAUACGGUUACUACAUAACUCGAGCACUCAUUGGAAUGUUAGAAGGCGGCUUUAUUGCCGACCUUGUUUUAUGGCUUUCUUACUUUUACACCUCUACAGAGCUGCCUAUCAGACUGUCCUUUUUCUGGACCACCAUGUCUCUGGUGCAGGUGAUAACCUCGCUGUUGGCCUUUGUAAUACUCAGGCUGAGAGGCGUUGCAGGCAUGACUGGCUGGCAAUGGCUGUUUUUGCUCGAAGGCUUUGUAACUUUGUUGAUUGGCCUUGCUGGAUUUUAUCUGAUGGUUCCGUCCGCUGUGCAAACACGGAAUAAGCUGCAUCCAAAAGGCUGGUUUACCCCUAGAGAGGAGCUGGUAGUCGUGAAUAGAGUCCUACGGGAUGAUCCCAGCAAAGGCGACAUGAACAAUAGGCAGGCUUUAACUCCUAAAUUAAUACUGAAGGCCCUUUGCGAUUACGACUUGUGGCCAAUAUAUGUGAUAGGAUCUGUGCAUUAUAUCCCAAAUGAUACUGUGACGCCAUAUCUGACGCGUACUUUAAAGUCUCUGGGGUUUUCAAAGUUUAACGUCCAGUUAUUGUGUAUUCCGACGAGCGUAUUAUUCAUUGUAUUGCUGUUACUGAUUACAUGGGUAUCGGAACGUAUCAACGAAAGAGCAUUGCUGGGGUUAAUACCAAGUAUUUGGAGCGCCGUGUUACUGGGAAUGAUGCGUUGGUGGCCUGGGUCGAUGGUCGAAGCAUGGCCAACCUUUGUCCUAGCGACAUUGUUGCUUGGUGCACCGUAUAUACAUGCGAUAUGUGUGGCAUGGGCUUCGAAGAAUUCGAAUUCUAUUAGGACCAGGGCAAUCUCAGCAGCGGUCUAUAAUAUGUUUGUUCAGUUGGGAACAAUUAACGCGAACCAAAUAUACCGAGAAGACGACUUACCACUUUAUCACAGGGGUAACGAACAACUAUUUUGGCUCUCGGUAGCAAAUAUCCCAAUGUUUAUUUUUAUAAAGUUGUAUUACAUUUGGAGAAACAAGAAAAGGGAUAAACUUUGGAAUAAAAUGACAGUGGAGGAACAACAAAACUAUAUUUUGCAUACAGAGGAUGAAGGCAAUAAACGAUUGGACUUUAGAUUCGUGCAUUAA